ACCUCUCCACCUUAACAAGUACCGCACGGCCGCUCAAUGAACGGCGCCUUUGCCACUGACAAGAAGAAAUACCCGCGAGUAUCAUCAGACCCAUCAUGGCAUCCGACAGCUCGUCCCUGAGCCCCGACAUCGAUCGAGAUAGCAGCCCCAAGCUCGGAAGCUCCAACUUUACGACCCAAUACUCCAAAAAGACUGGCCGCCCCAUACGCCGCAGCGCGGGCAAAGCCAAACCGACAGAUGGCUACGUCGACUCCAAGGUCAUUGAGGACGAGUACGAAGAGCCUAUCGAGACACCUUCGGAAGACGAGGAUGGACAUAUCAAGCCUACCCAGAAGCGCAAGCGUAAGCGGUCGCCAUCCCCAGAACCUCCACCCCUUGAUGACGUGAUCCGCAACGACGAGCCCGAUGAGCGCUCCGAGGAUGAAGACCCGUUCCAGAAGAAGUCGAAGCUACCGCCCAUUGAGCUCCAGUUCAACGUCCCUCUUGGUUUCCACGGCCCGCUAGUGGUGAAGCUGGACCGGAGUCUGCUGGUGCCGGACACGGCGUAUGAUAUGCGCCCCGGUCUCGCGAUGAAGAAGAUUCGCGCUGGAUCGGGAGUGGACUCGCAGCCUUCGGAUGGUGGGAAGAAGCCUCUUGGGUUCGCCGACCUGCCCGCAGAGUUACGGAACAAAGUGUAUCGGCAUCUCUUCGUUACGGAGGAGAAGAUUAUGUUCCCAGAUGCGGAAAACAUGAGUCGGUCGAGCCAGUUCCUGAGUACUUGCAAGUUGGUGCAUAAUGAGGGAUGUAGCAUCCUCUACGGAGAGAAUAAAUUUCGAUUCGACCGCAAUCACAAGACCCGUGGUCCUUUCUGGGAGCCACUCCCCAAGGAGAUUGGCUACAAAGACGUACGCCAAUUUCUCAAGAUGAUCGGUUCAGAAAACUUGGUCUACCUACGAGACAUCACCCUGUUCCUGAGCGAUGCUUUGCCCAGCACAACACCAGAGCUCACCCACGAAUCACGCCGAUAUCUUCACGAUGAGCAUCUGCUUGACGUACUUCGAACCCUACGUCAAGCCAAACUUCGCAAGCUCAACGUGCUCUUCACCGGACGUCGUUCUUUGGCUCGCAACGAUACCAAAUUCGUGGAAUACCUGAUGCAGGUCAAGGCUGACGAGGUUAUCUCUGACACAGGCACUGGCUGGUACUAUCACAACCGCAAGAUCGAGAGUUAUAUCUGGAAAGAGUUGAAAGAGAAGAUGACCCGGAAGAAGAAGCUCUAUCUUCCUGAGAAAUAGGAUACUUAUCAUUUCGAGGCUGCGGGGCUUGUCCUCAGAAGUCACAACCACUCCUAGCCCGGGACAGACCUGAGGAAGGGCCCGCAGAAGACCUGCGGAACGGCGCU